AUGGAAACUUCAGACACAGUAUUUCAACAAAAUGGCCAAAAAGAAAAAAGCAGCAAAGUGGAACUCGAGUUUCUCUUGAAAGAUGACGUUUUUGUGGAUUUCUUCAAUACAUUUUUGAGUCUUCCAGUGUUUGGGCAAACCCCUCUGUUCCUGCUUUCAGAAAACAAGUGGUUAAUGUGUCCAAAUCUGCCCCUUGCUCAGGUGAACACUGGAGGAUUUCUGAAAUGGUUGGAGUCACAUCGGUUGGUUCUGUUCAAACAAACAGAGCUCUAUCAUAACUUUAUUCUCUGUAAAGAGAUCCUCGACUUUGUGUCCUCUAAUUCCACAGAGGUGUUGAAUUGGACUCCAGCAGAUCGAUGGCUGUUCACAAGAUGUCUCGGCAGCGUGAGAGGAAUCCAGAGAUUUCAUUCGUUUCUCAAAGGAACUGCUGGAGAAGAGCUUGUUCUUUUCUGUGUGAGAGUUUCCAUGUUGUUGAAUAUGAAAAUGGAAGAUGAAUUCCAGACUAUGAUUCAACUAACUCUUCUGACGCCGAUCAGACUGAUACACCUGAGCUCCGCUAUUCUGUCUCUCUGCCAUCUGCAUACAGAUGACAUCACUAAGCUCCUGUCCAAAGAAUGUCCACUUAGUGCCAGAAAGCACAAGUUAUCAGAGAUGAGGAAGAAGGCUAUAUGCCAGCUGCAAUCCUAUUGGCUGCCUCAGUUCUUGCACUGCUGUAAAUCCUGGGUGUGGCACAUACCGGAAUGCCAUCCAAUUGUAAAGGAAUACAUGACUUUAUCUUCCCCUUGUCCCACUGUUCAAUCCCCUUCACUAUGUGAACCUAAACAAAGCCAGCCGGAUCCUACAUGGAGCCCUGCAAAAUCGUACUGCAGCAAACGCACCAAACGACGUCUUUGUAGUGUACGCAAGCCAAACAGAAGCUGCGUUCACCAUGUGAAGUCAAACAGCAUCUGUUUGUGGCUUCCCCCAACCAGCCAACAAGAUCAGGAGGGUUUCAAGCAUUCAAAAAUCGGACAUCCUCUCCAAGAACUGCACAGAAACCUCCAGACUGGCCUCCAAGAGCAGGUGGAAAUUCAGGAAGGGGAUCCUAUUGUCCAGCACACAUGCAUCCAAACACCAGUGUGUCAGUUUCCAUGCUGUGUGAACCUUCAUACUCCAGCUUCAGACCUACAAUUCUACCUGCAGCCCGCCCUGUCUGCCGAGAGUCUCGCCGGGGGUCCUUUCAGGUCUUUUCUGAGAACCCAUGACCUGCUUGAGAAGCUCCAGGUGUUGAAUCUAUGGCAGGACCUUGAUCUCUUCCUCCAGCUGGUUCUGAAAGCACAAGGAGAAGAUCCAGUCUACGUGCAGAGACAGAGUGUUGGCCAACGGAUAAAAGAAAUGUACCUCAAAGAGACCAUGCAAUGCCAUGUACCUCUAGAUUUAAAUACUAGUAACCACUUGCAGACUCUGUUACCCUCUAGUGCUGCUGUCCCAUGGAUAUAUGUGGCACAAUAUGAAAUAUGCAAGACUUCACACAAUGAGGAGAUUGAUGACACUGGUCAGCUGCUAUUCACUAGUUUUGAGACAGAAACUGAAGCUCUGAUUGUACAGAUGGAUGCGUUAAUGCAGUGUGAAGGAUGCAGUAGCCGUGGCAACCCUGCUGCUCUGUCCCAGGAGAACUGGGCUUUGGUGGCCCAACAGGACCUGCGGAGGGGAGGUUCACUGAUCUUUAAUUUCACCAGAAUUGAUGCAUUUGAACAGCUGGCAACAUGGAAACCGAAUGAUAUUCAAAUGCUACCUUCUCAAGGUGUGUUUGUAAAUAAAUCCACUGGUUCUGGGACAAUCCAGAAGAAAACUCUGAAGAAGAACAUUCGUCCUUUACAAAGACCAUCUACAAGACCCAGGACAUUUGAAGACGUCUUCGUCACUCUUCACAGCAUUGAUUAUUUCAAACACUUCUUAGAGGAGCACAGUGCAGACGGAGCUUUGCUGUUUAUUCUGGAGGCAGAUGAACUGCGCACAAUCAACCAACCCAAAAGACAGAACAAUAAGAUCUGUGACAUUGUUGACAAAUUCUUUCAUCGAGAAGAUCCCAGUACUGCUUUCAUUCAUAUAUUUCUGCAAUAUUUCACUAUUUUUCUCUCCAUUACAAAUUCUGACAUAUACAUUCCAUGUUUAAAGGAAUCUUUCAACACUAUUUGUUUCCUUCCAAACCUGUGGAUGGUCAAUUAUUCUGUCAACCCGUGCAAUGCUGACAUCAUUACAGGUGUGCAGCAGAUGGAUGUGGUUUCAUCAGAGGUCAUCUUCACCAUUCAGCAUCUGGUUACCAUGUCCCUGGAGGCCACAUGGUUCAAACGGUAUCAGGACACAUUUACUCCUUGUAUCACUUCAUCGGAAUUGAACAUGAGAGGAGCCUUACUGAAGGACAAAAUAAAGAAUAAUGUUUGGCAGAUUUUCAGCGGCUUCAUUCGCAGUGUGAGGAAGUUUCUGGCUGCCGUGGAGGACCGUCAGUUCAGAGCCGAGUUUGAGUUUUAUUUGACAAAGAGUUAUGAACAUUUCUCAGAACCUUGUGUUGCCAGCGCCAAAGCCCAGCAGACCUUUGAUUCCACCAGUGAUGGAGAAACAUUUAAACCUAAGAUACGGAGCAUUAUCAACAAAAGCAUUAUAGUGAACUUCUUAGGCAAUGAUCUAUCCUUCUACCUGGAGUGUGAGAGAUAUAUGGCGGACGCUGGUGUUAUAAUGGCAUCAGCUGGCAUGUAUGGUGAGACUGAUUAUGCCAUGCUCCACCAUAAAGCUGAGUUGAUCAUCAACAUUUUUCUCCAAUCAGACACCUCUCAUAAACUCAGGAUCAACAUCAGUGAGUCUCAGAGAGAUGUUAUUCUGCAGCGUUUUGUCUCUGGGAAGGUGGACCGCACACUCUUCUAUUCUGCAAUGAUGGAUGUGUUUCCUGUUCUCGUCUACUGUUGGAAAAAGUGA